AUGGACGUGUAUGUCCAGAUCACGGGCCUGGACUCGGGAAAGACAUGCGGAGAAAAGGUGCUGCUUGAUAGUGGCUGCAGUACCUGCUGCAUUGAUACCGACUAUGCGUGGGCAGAGAAGUUGGAUAUCCAGGAACUCCCGCAGCCCAUUGUAGCUCGCAAUGCCGACAACACCAAAAACAUCAACAGUCGGAUCACGCAUUACGUCGACCUGAGGAUGAGAAUCGGCCCUCAUGUGGAGACAUGCACGUUCCUUCUGACAUGCCUGGGAAAAGCUCGGAUCUUCAUUGGCCUUGAUUGGCUGACGGAACACAACCCCAAGGUGGAUUGGCAGGAGCAAACAAUGAAAUUCAGCCAAUGCCCAGAGCAGUGUCACAUGAGGGGUCAUGAGGAGCACCAGGCAAUGAUCGACAUGGAUGCAAUUGACCUGGACACAGGUGUACCGGAUCUGGAAGAGGGGGAAUUGAUCUUGUUGGUCGACUUUGGGAAGGAAGUGGAUCUACGGCUGAAGGAAACGCCGGCACAGAAGUUUGCAGAAGAAGCGGAAAAGGAGAAGGAGAGGAUGACCAAGGGGAAGAUUCCGGAUCAAUACCGGGAAUUUGUCGAAGUAUUCGCCAAGGAAUUGUUUGACUUGCUACCAGACCAACGGGCAUGGGAUCAUGCAAUCAAGCUGAAACCCGGUUCCAAAGCAGUGGACUGCAAGGUGUACCCAUUAUCACAAAACGAGCAGGUCAAACUCGACAAAUUCUUACAAGAGAAUCUGGCCAGCGGACAGAUCAGGCCAUCAAAAUCACCCAUGGCAUCAGCAUUCUUCUUUGUCAAGAAGAAAGAUGGGUUGCUGCGCCCCGUCCAAGAUUAUCGGAAAUUGAACAAGAUGACGAUCCGAAAUUGA